UAAACUCCAAGAUGGCUGAACCCCGGAAAAUAAAUAUAGUGCAUGUCAUAACUGGUACAAUUUUUGUUGUAUGUCUCAUUUGGGGAGUAUCGAAAUUGUGCUGGGACAAUUCAAAUGAUAAGACUCCUAAUGCCGCAAGAUACCAAUCUACAACUGACAAUAUUAAAUCAAAUCCUACUUCUGAGCCAAUGACUGAAUCACAAACAACCCAAGCAUAUUGUAACUUUACAUCUACCAAAUACAAUCGACAAAAAUGUCAUGAUCAUCUUUCAAAAGUUAUUGCGCCAGAGGAAACAAAUUCGAACGAGCUGGCAGGGAGCCUUUAUACUGAAAUCAGGGACUCGAAUAAAUUGAAAUUAUCAUCAAAAGAACUGACAGAAUUCAAUUCUACCACAUUUGAAAAUCAAAACAAUAUUAGUGCUAUCUUUUUGAGUAGGAAUCGAUUGACAUUUUUGGAAAACAAUAGUUUUGUUAUAUAUAAACAGACUCUGAAAUAUUUAGAUUUGUCAUCAAAUAAAUUGGCAAGAUUAGAAUCUGAUGUUUUUAAUGGUUUGUUAAAUCUCAAAUAUUUAGACAUCAGCAAUAAUGAAUUGAAAUCUCUCCCAGAUAAAACUUUCAUAGAUUUAAAAUCUCUUAAUUAUUUGGAUUUAAAUACCAACAAACUUGCAAGUCUUGAUUCAAAUAUUUUUAAUGGCUUGUCCAAUCUUAAACUAUUAAAUAUCAGCGAUAAUUAUUUAAAAUUUCUACCAGAUAAAAUUUUUGAUGAAUUACAUAAUUUGAGAAUAUUAAGUUUAGGAUUAAACAAACUGUCGCACUUCGAGUCUAAUAUUUUUAUGAAUCUAUGGUUUCUCGAGGAACUUGAUGUUAGUAAUAACCAACUUGAAAAUUCAUCAGUAGAUAUUUUUAACAGUACGGUACUGCUGAAGAAAUUAGAUAUACGUAUGAAUCAAGAUUUUUCACCUAACUAUCGUUUACUCCGUGAUGUAUGUAGGUAUCAAAUGGAAGUAAUUGUCGAUCACGAAUAUUCACACAUGUAUGGUUGUGCAAUCAGAACAAAAAAUUCAUAUCGUCGACCAAUUAAAAAUGAGGGAGUAUACAAAUUCUGGCCAGGCCAUGGUGAUUCGAAACAACAAAGUGGAAACUCAAAUAAUAAAAUUCAUGAUGCCCCAAGUGACCAAUCAACGACUAAAACAAAUAAUGUCUCAAGUGACCAAUUUACAAAUGACAAUAUUAAACCAAAUCCUACUUCUGAGCAACCAAUGACUGAACCACUAACAGACCAAACAUAUUGUAAUUUUACAUCUGUUAAAUACAAUCGACAACAAUGCCAUGAUCAUCUUUCAAAUGUUUUUAAGACAAAAGAAACAAAUAAAAUUUUUGAUGAAUUACAUAAUUUGAGAAUAUUAAGUUUAAAAUCAAAUAAACUUACGGAACUAAAGUCUAAUAUUUUUAUGAAUCUAUGGUUUCUCGAGGUACUUGAUAUUAGUGAUAAUUCAGUAACAUCUGUACCAAUUGAUAUUUUUAAGGGUACGGUAAUGCUGAAGAAAUUAGAUACUCUGAAAUAUUUAGAUUUGUCAUCAAAUAAAUUGGCAAGAUUAGAACCUGAUACUUUUAAUGGUUUGUUAAAUCUCAAAUAUUUAGACAUCAGCAAUAAUGAAUUGAAAUCUCUUCCAGAUAAAAUUUUCAUAGAUUUAAAAUCUCUUAAUUAUUUGGAUUUAAAUACCAACAAACUGUUGAUGUACAUGUCAAUUUCAAAUGCUGUUGUUCUUCGUCAAGUUGCGGCGGAAGAAUAA